CAAGGAAGAUGUAAAGAAAGAAGACAAGUGAAAUUGAAAAGAAAAAAGAAAACACUUGGAAACGUGUUUCACACGUAGGUUUCAGAAUACAGUUUGUCUGCAAUAUAAAUUUACAAAGCGUGUAAAUAGAUUUGUAAGUAAAUUUUUGUUCGAGUGAAAUUUUACCCGACCCUGGGCUCUAAAUAACAAUUGUGCGAGACGAAUAAGGUGAACGUCGAAGGUCACACGUGAAUCAUGUGUUUUUACUCAGCGUUCGAAAAUAUCGAAUUCUUUCCGAGAGAGAUCAUUUACUACGAAUAAUUACGACACGCUCCUCAAAAUGAUUCGCGACUGCUGUCAAGUUGACCGUGUGUUUGAUUAAUAAAUGUAUACUUUCGAUUUGUUUCAAUACUUCCAUCGAUCUUCAGAGAUGUUGGAGAUUAUACUGCAAACUUAACACGAAUCGUAUGUCGAUGUAAACAGAAUCGGCUUUCCUUCUUUAUAGCAAUUUUCAAUAUAGAAGGCGAUCUUUUUUUUUUUUGUUUUUCCCCCCUUCUUUUUCUUUUUAUGUGUAAUACAUCAAACGAAAGAGAUUCACCUCGAAAAUGAAUUCGCGACUCAUUAAAAAUCUAGAGAUCUUAGAACUUCAAAUGGCAGUAUCAACGAGGCUUGAUCAGUCGACUUUUAGCACACAAAUUGAUUUCUCAUCAUCUUGCAAAAAUUUCAUAUUUCAACAACGAGAGGGCCGCCCUGAAAUUUCUGGACAUAUUUCACAAAAUGAAAUAGCAUGGUUUCGAGCCUUAAUUGCUCGGGAUGGCCUCAACACAUCCAGCAGAGAGACAGAGUUAGACAUUAUUACUUCGAAUAAUCCUCAGGACUUGCGACAAACUCUCAGAAAUAAAACUCACCGUCGUGAGCCAAUGUAUGUAACUGAAUCUUUAUUCGAAAUUUUUGUUCUUGCCUCGAGCUAACAAUUAAAAAUUUCGCUCAUUGCGAGUUUACACUCACGUGUGUCGUUCGAAUGACGAAUGUAUAAUUUCUCUGCCGAUUCUGUCUCAGGUGCAGGCACACAACGCGAAAGCAACUCAGUUUCCUUAUCAUCGGCAAGCACGUUUGGAGGAAUGAUUAAAAAGGAGACGAGAGAAAAUGAUAGAGAAGACAGCACGCCCCUGGACGCGCAAACAUCGCACGCCGGGCGUUUCUACUGAUAUCAUCCUCUGUCCAUCGCGGCUCUGUUUCUGUUAUGCCACUUGCACUUGAGGAUCCUCACGUAUGUUCGUCGGAACGCUGCGUUGCACAGGGCGUAACACAUUGGAUUCACAGUACUAUUGAUGUAACAAAGGUAAUAGAAAAAGUCCCAUAGCUCCUGCGGUAUGUACCAGGAGCAGGCUGUGAUGGAUUUAAUUAGAACGAGAAUGUUGUACGGUGUCCAGGUGAUGAUGAACGCCAGCAAGAUGGCCGACAACGUUUUCGCCGCCUUUCGAUCGGCCUUCUUCUCCUGCAGCUUCUUCUUCUUCUUGUUCGCCGUCUUGUUCGCAGCCGGUUUGCUCGCCAACGCUUUCGGGAUGUUCUUCGUGUUCAGGGGGAUCCUUAUGUCGGGUAUGUGAGACGGUCUCCUGGUGAUCAACGACGGGCUCACCGUCUCCUCGUGAUACAUUUUUAUGCUCGGCCCCUCCGUGUAUUUUCCCACGCCGCCGGUGUCCCGUGUCGGCAGCCGGAUCAGAAUCGUGUACACCUAAUUUGAAACAUUGUCGUACAUUUCAUAUAUAUAUAUAUAUUGUAUAUACAGGCAUAUUAUAUAUAGAGGCUGA